AAGGCCUUUUGCAUGCACUCAGGUUGAAGAGCCUCAAAUGGCAGGAAAAUUAUCUGGCUCUGGAGGGAGGACUGAGAGUGUCCUUUGUUCUUUCAAGGUGCAGGAAUGAAAAUCUUUAAAAUCAAGAGGAAGGGGAGAUCGGAAUAAACCCCCAAGAAAAGGGAAUAAAGGCAAUCUGUGUGUGAUUCUGUGCUCCCACAACAUCCAGGGGCUGGGGUCUGCAGGGUGCAGCUCUUUGUCCAGGUUGGCUUCAUUGCCCACACAGACCAGGAGCAAGCAGAACAUCACGAGUUGGAGAACACCCCACAGCCUGGCCCUGAUGCCCUGGAGCUUGAUUCCCCAUACUGUGAAAAAUGCAAAACAACGAAGUGCUAAAACCUGCCAAGUACUUCUCUGAGUUGGAGAAGAACGUCUUGCUGGCUUUGGUGGAGAAAUACAAGUAUGUUUUGGAGUGCAAGAAGAGUGAUGCCCGGACUAUAGCUCUAAAACAGCGCACGUGGCAAGCACUGGCCCAUGAGUACAACUCCCAGCCCAGCGUGUCGUUGCGGGAUUUCAAACAACUUAAGAAGUGCUGGGAGAAUAUUAAAGCCAGGACCAAAAAGAUCAUGGCCCAUGAGAGGAGAGAAAAGGUGAAACGCUGUGGACCAGCAUCUGAUAGCCACCAGGCCUUGAAAGACAAGGUGGCAAGCAUGAUUCCAGAGCAACUCUAUUUUGUACCGAAUCCACAGGAUGAUGAAUCUGGAUACAACCAUGACACUUCCAACCAUGAUAUUGACUGCAAGAGAGUUAAUCUUUUGGAUCUGGAACUACUUAUUGAUGAGCAAGGCAAGAUCCAGACAAAACCAUUUAGAAAAGUGUCCGAAACAAAUUCAUUGUGUGGUGAGGGCUCACCUCCUAGAUCAUUAGAGAAAGCUUUCCAUAAAGGAGAUCUGGAACUUCUUAUCGAUGAAGAGGGAAAGAUCCAGACUGAACCAGUAAGGAAAGUUCCUCUCUCAGAUUCCAUGUGUGCUGAGGGCUCUUCUCCAAACAGUUUAAAAAAAGCUUUCCAUAAAGGAGACCUGGAGCUUCUUAUUGAUGAGCAGGGGAAGAUCCAGACUGAACAAAUAAGAAAAGGUCCUCUCUCAGAUUCCAUGUGUGUUGAUGGCUCAUCUCCAAGUGGUUUAAAAAAAGCGGGCCGAGGGAAGAAAAUUUCCCUUUUCACUUCCUACUGUGUCUUACAGCAGCCUCCUCAGGAUGGUUUCGAGAGUGAGUGCCAAAACAAAAUGCUUCCUCCCCAUCUGCUGACAGACAGUGCAUGCAAUUUCAAAUAUCUUAAGUUCUAUCCAGAUUCCUUUGUUGUUCCAGACCGAGACCUGUAUGUGGAAGAAAAGGCUUUAGUCAACAUGCAUGAUUGUGAAAUAACACCUCAUCCAGCGCCUUCCUGUUCAUCUACUAGGAUAACUGGUAACAGGACCUACAGGAGCAAAAAUACUCAUGAUAACAUGAUCAGAAAAAUGCACGAGGAAGAGCACCACCAGCAGAUGUCCAUCCUCCAGCUCCAAUUAAUACAAAUGAAUGAGGUCCACGUGGCCAAGGUGCAGCAGAUAGAAAGAGAGUGUGAGAUGGCAGAGGAGGAGCACCGAAUAAAGAUGGAAAUCCUGAAUAAAAAGAAAAUGUAUUGGGAAAGGAAACUGCAAACAAUCACCAAGGAGUGGCCAGUAGCUUCGUUCAACAGGCCCUUUCCUAAUUCACCUUGAAGUUUAAUUUGAUGGUGGUGAGAAAGAAAAGGAUGUUUAGGACAAGUUGGCAAAGCACUCUCAAUGUAGAUAAGCCAAGGAAGGAGUUGAACAAUCAGUAGGCCCAGACACUGGCGACGAUUUCUGUGUAGGAAAAAAUAGUUACAAACAAGAAUAAAAUACAAAAAAAGAAAAAAACAAAAUGUUAGGACAUUACAAGAGCUGGUAUUGGUUGUAAAGUCUUUUGGUUUUAGUAGUAGUUUAAAAACAAAAAAAAAAAAAAAAAUACAACCAGCCUACUUUAUACUACAAUGACAGUGCUGCUUAUGUCAACAUAAGCUUUACACUAUCGUGUUUCUACCCAUGGACUGUAACCUUUUUGGAGUUGUUUUCGUAACACUUAUUUUACUGACAUCAAAUCCACUUUUUAUUAUAAUUAUUAUUAUUAUUUUUAUGUAUAUCAGUCCCAUGUCGGUUUUAUGCAUUUGUUUGGUACAUCAGUUGGGUAUAAUGUGGAUAAACACUAUCCAUUUAUUAAUCCAAA